GCCCCGCCUCCCGGACCCAGCCCAUACGGCCCUCCCCUCACACACCCAGCGGGCGGGAAGGCGUCAGCCAGACAGCGCCUCACACAGCCACCGAGCUCACCCGAACGGGAUCCUGCAAGCCUCGGCCGCCGCCUCCCACACACCACCAACCAGCAGGACAGCGACACCGCCGACAGCGAGCCAGGGAGAGAGAGACAGCCCUGCCGGGGACAGCGCCAGCAAAUACUCUCCGUUGACAGCAAAUAUGGCGGCUGCGGCUGGGGCCUCGGCUAACCCCGGAGGGGGACCCGAGAUGGUGCGGGGACAGGCGUUUGACGUGGGCCCGCGAUACACCAACCUCUCCUACAUCGGGGAGGGGGCCUAUGGCAUGGUGUGUUCUGCGUAUGACAACGUGAACAAAGUGCGAGUCGCUAUCAAGAAAAUCAGCCCCUUUGAGCAUCAAACGUACUGCCAGAGAACAUUGAGGGAGAUCAAAAUCUUGUUGCGCUUUAAACAUGAGAAUAUUAUUGGAAUAAAUGACAUUAUUCGUGCAUCGACCAUCGAGCAAAUGAAAGAUGUGUACAUUGUUCAGGACCUUAUGGAGACUGAUCUGUACAAACUCCUCAAGACCCAGCACCUUAGCAAUGACCACAUUUGUUACUUCCUCUAUCAAAUCCUGAGAGGACUGAAGUAUAUCCAUUCAGCCAAUGUUUUACAUCGUGAUCUUAAACCAUCAAACUUGCUGCUUAACACUACCUGUGAUCUCAAGAUUUGUGAUUUUGGACUGGCUCGUGUUGCAGACCCAGAUCAUGACCACACUGGUUUUCUGACAGAAUAUGUUGCCACACGCUGGUACCGGGCUCCAGAAAUUAUGCUAAAUUCCAAGGGUUAUACCAAAUCAAUUGAUAUUUGGUCUGUCGGCUGCAUUCUUGCAGAGAUGCUAUCUAACAGACCCAUAUUUCCUGGAAAGCAUUACCUUGAUCAACUUAAUCAUAUCCUUGGCAUACUUGGAUCACCUUCUCAAGAGGAUUUGAACUGUAUAAUCAAUUUGAAAGCUAGGAACUACUUGCUUUCUCUCCCACACAAAAAUAAGGUGCCCUGGAACAGACUCUUCCCAAAUGCAGACCCCAAAGCUCUUGAUUUGUUGGACAAAAUGUUGACUUUCAAUCCUCACAAACGAAUUGAAGUAGAGGCAGCUUUGGCUCACCCUUACCUGGAACAGUAUUAUGACCCAAGUGAUGAGCCUGUAGCUGAAGCACCCUUUAAGUUUGAAAUGGAGCUGGAUGACUUACCCAAGGAGACGCUGAAGGAGUUAAUUUUUGAAGAAACUGCUAGAUUCCAGCCUGGAUACUGACUUUAAUAUGACAGCAGGGAGCGGCUGUGAAGGACUUCGCACUCCAACAUCUGUGUUCUUGACAGUUCUUCCUCCUUGGCCAUGUCCUGUGACCCAUCUCAGCUUGUCCAGUCUAACUCCUUUGAGCCAUUAAGGAGGGCGGUUCCUGGUAGUUGUGGCUUUUUUAUGCUUCUGAUGAAAUCUUUCAGUCUGGAGGAAUGUGUUUGACACUCCUUUCGUAAAGCCCUGUUGCAGUGUGGUGCGGCAAACACUUGCUGAUACCUUAAUUAACUGCUUGUUUAUUAAUUUUUUUUUUUUCUUUUUUUUUUUUAAACAGUUGUUUCUUUCCAGUUAUGUGGACAGACACUGUCCUGACUUUCACGGGCUUUACAUAUUGUGUCGUAUCCCAGGUUACUGAUGACUGUAACUGGCAUUUAUUUUUAUUUGUUUUGUGUACAUUUUUUUUUUUUGGGGGGGGUAACUAAUUUGCUGGGCACUUUAAAUCAAUAGAAAGCCCCAUUUACACAUAUCAUUUUAAAAUGUUGCAGCGAACAGCUUUGAAAACCUGAUUGAAUUUAUUGUAUAUUAUAGUUUCUGGUUUUCUGUAGCACUUAAUUGAGAUGUGUGAGCAAUUUUAAAAAUGUAUGUGCUUAAGGGACCUUGUAGUUUGAAAUCCUAACCAUUUCUAAAUAUUUGCUUACUUGUACAUCAAAUUCAAAUCAAAGCAUUGAAAUGCUGCUGCAAUGUACCAUAUAUUCACACAAAUAUAUAACUUGGGUUCUUCGUGCCAUCCUUUGGCCUUCAGAUGCCUACAUUUUUCAUGUAUGGAUCUUUCAGAGUAAGGUGAGUUUUUUUUUUUCAUAGGGCAAAGGUAUUGUAACAAAGUGAAACCAAAAUCCCAUGACUUUUUAUUUUUUAUUGGGGUUGGCAUGAGGCUUCAUAUUUCACUAUUGAAAUAGCAUGUUAAUGCUGGUUCAAUUGGUGCCAUGUUCAUUGAAUGUUUAGGCACUUGUAUUACUUACCCCUCCCACCUCUUUUAAUAUACAGAAAAAGAGUGCUACAUUGCAUCUUUAUAUAAUGACCGGUAUAGUUCUCUUGUUGGGGAUUUUUUUUUUCUUCCUGAAGAUGAAAACGUUGUGUUUUUUUUUUUGUUUUUUUCCCCUGUUUUCUUUUUUGUGUGUGUACAUAGCUGCUUUUUUCCUGCCUCAAGCUAGAGCAGCAAUCAAGCUAGCACUAAACUUUUAAACUGUAACCAUUACGUUCUCCACUUUCUGAAAGUAUUUGUUCCUGGAGUUGUAUUCCGUGGAGUUUAUUAGAUGUUAUGUCUCUGUGCAGUGCCGCCUCCUUUUUCCUCACUGCUCUCUGGUGAAAGAUUUGCCUUGUUAAAAAUGACUGUGCCCUCGCAUGACUGUUAAGCUUAUCUGUGCAAAGAUUGUCUAAGUGCCACACGCCUAUGAUUGAUUGAAGCAAGAUCUUACCUCUAAAUUGUGUUCUUAUGAGAUGUUAUCCUGUACCCUUCAUAAGGAUGAAACUGCUCGAUUUUAAAUUAAACCCUUUUGGUUUUCUCAUGUUGUCUUUCCUCUUCUAGCAAAAAAUAUUGCGACUUGUCUCAACUGCCUAGGAACAUGAGCAAAAAUUGCACUUGUAAUUCAAAAUAAAUUGGAAAAAUUAAUGAAUUUUUUUUUAUUAUAUAAAUAUAUAUAUAGAUUUUCCUUAUAUUUGAAGUUUAAUUGGUCAGUUUCUGUAAUGUAGGUUAUGUAAACUUUUACAGUAAUUUGGUGAAUGGGUUUACCAGGUAAUUUUGUGUUGCAUCAGUUUAUCAGAUUAUUGUUAGAUCAGAUACUUAUGUUUUAUUAAACGGUUGUGCACAAUCUCUCUUCUGUAAACACUUCUGCUACGUCAGUAGUCUGCUUUAUUGGGAAGUGCUGAAGAGCUAAACCUGACAUGUUUGCUUUACAUGAUAAUAUAAAGGAUUGGUUUUGCUGUGGUGAUAGGUCAGCACUACUAACCUUUUCUUUUUAUUUCAGUGUUUGAGGGAACCAUUAGCCAUACUUCACUGCAGAUGACGACCAGUAUAAUUCCUUUCACGCCUGAUAUCUGCAGUUUUUGCAUCUAUUUGUCACCUUGAUCUUAAAAUGAACCACUUGCGUUAUGAAAUUUUUCAGUUUGACAGGUUUUCGUUAGUGAGCUUUGCCACAUUUCUUGCACAUACCUUUCAUUCCCCUCCAAGCCCAAUUAUGACACCAGAUGCUUUAAGAAGCUUAUAGCCAACUGUUCGCCUUGCAUAAACAGCAUUCAACAGGGAAAAAAUAAAUAUAUAUAUAUAAAAUAUCUAUGCACUGACAUUUUUCACACUUCUCCCCUUCAUGAGCGUACUGCAUGGACCAUUUAGUCAUACAAAUUGCAUCAGGGAAAGAUGAAGCCAUAUUUAAAUCUGAAGAGGCAUGUAAAAAAUAGUCUUAAAUUCCUGUCCCAUAAAAUAACAAGUUGCUGAGGAGGUUUUUCAAUCUCCUUGUCGGUUUAAAAUGUCAUAAUCGAUUAUGCCAGUAAACUAGUUGAUAUUACAACAGGAUUACCAAGUGAUUUCAAAGCCCGCCCUUGCACAGAGUUUGAAGAGCAACAGAUUUUCUAAAAGCUGGGAUCACCAUGCAUGUCUCGCAUUAUCUCUGGAGAAAUGUGAAUUCCGGUAGAAGUAUUGCAUUGUUUGUGUGAUACAUUUAACAGGAGCAUCUGAACAGCCAAAACCGCCUGCUGCUUUCCCCUUUGGAGGUUUCUCACUACUAAAUGCACUUCACCUACUGCCUUCAGGUCUGCUCUUGUUCCCAAGAAAAACAUGUUUGAAAUAACAGUACACCAGUUGCUGGUUGCUCAGUCUGUGACAAUUCUUACUAGCUGGUUCCUGGUUUUGUGAAGAAAGCUUAUAUGCUCCAAAUGUUGAAACUCAAAAUGAAUAAAUAAAUAAAAUAAAAAAGCAACCAAUGGUUAGGGCUGGUGACUUUCUCCCCUUCCCUCAUUGCCUUUUGUGUUGUCAUAUACAAGCACUCUUAACAGAUUACUAAGAGCUUUGUACUUGCUUUGUACUGUUGGUGCCUUUUUAGUCUUGUAUUAAAAAUGUGUCUAGCUGAUUUAAGUAGGUUGUAAAGUUAGAGUUUUCACUGCUUAGAUGGACUGCGUUCACUUCCCCUUGUAUAAAGAGUGUGAAAAUAAGGUCCAUCAAGCAGUGAAUAAAUUGAGAGAGAACUAUUUUAUAACAAAUUCCUGUAUGUUCCUUUAAAUUGUAAUGUAACAACAUGUAUUUUAUUGUGAAAGGUAUGUAACCUGGUUAAUCGAUUAAAAAAAAAAAAAAUGUAUGAGAUUUAUAAAAAGAAAAAAAAAUUUUGUUAAUUCUAUUGAUGUAUUUAACUUUUUUUCCUCAAUUGGUUGGAUGUUCUAUAUUUCUGGCUUAAAACUGUAAAAAAAAAACAACAAAAAAAACAAACCAAUCUUGUAAGACACCACAAAAAGCAGAUUAAAUCAUUAAAAUUGUAUUCCUGUAUUACCAAA